CCUUUCUUUUUCUCAGCAUCUCUCACAAAAUUAGACGCCUUCUUGACUCUUGCACAUGUUCCUCCUCUCUCUCUCUCUCUCUCUCUCUCUCUCUGAGUGGAAAGAUUUAGAAGAUAGAUAAAGCCACAAACUUUCCCAGUUCCCACCAGCGUUUUCUCGCAAACCAAACAUGGGUCUGCUCUCUCUGAUCAUCCUCGCCAUCUCCACAUUCCUGCUUUCAUACCCAUCUCAAGCUCUCUCCCAACCCACCUCUCAACUCACCAUUCUCAUGGCCAUCAAAGCCGCUCUCGACCCUCAAAGCCUCUACCUCUCCUCCUGGUCUGCCACCGCCGCCACCCCCUGCAGCGGCGCCUUCGAAGGCAUUGCCUGCAACGACCGUGGCCAGGUGGUCAACAUUUCCCUUCAGGGCAAAGGCCUCGCAGGCCAAAUCCCCCUGGAGAUUGGCCAGCUCAAGAGCUUGUCUGGGCUCUACUUGCAUUUCAAUGAGCUCCAUGGAGUGGUUCCCAAGGAGAUAGCUAAGCUCAGCCAGCUCUCGGAUUUAUAUCUCAAUGUCAACAAUCUUUCCGGGGAAAUACCUCCCGAGAUUGCAAACAUGUCUAAUCUCCAAGUUCUACAACUCUGUUACAACAAGUUGAGAGGAAGCAUUCCCCCGCAGUUAGGGUCUCUGAAGAAGCUCAGUGUUCUAGCUCUGCAGUAUAAUCAACUGACUGGUGCAAUUCCAGCAACUUUGGGGGAUUUGCCAAAUUUAAAAAGGCUGGAUUUAAGCUUUAAUCAACUCUUUGGUUCAAUCCCGACAAAGUUAGCCAAUGCACCAGUGCUUGAAGUUCUGGACAUCCGAAAUAAUUCCCUUUCUGGCAGUGUCUCCAUAGCUAUGAAGAGAUUGAAUGAUGGGUUCCAAUAUGCAAAUAACACGGGCUUGUGUGGGGUUGGUUUUUCUACCUUGCAAGCUUGCAGUGCUUCUGACAAUCUAAACCCUACGAAACCAGAACCAUUUAGGCCUGGCUCAAAUGGUCUUCCGAAAAAGGGUAUCCCGGAGUCGGCAAACUUCAAAUCGAAUUGUACUGAAAGGCGUUGUUCAGAUCAGUCAAAGCAGCCAGUACUUGCUGUUGUAUUUGGAGUAGUUGGAGUAAUAGUUGUAUUGACAAUUACCGGCCUUGUUGCAUCCUCAUGGUACCGUCGCAGGAAACAGAAAAUUGGAAGUGCCUUUGAUACCUCUGAUAGUCGACUUAGUACUGACCAGGUCAAGGAGGUCUACAAGAAGAGUACAUCUCCCCUCAUCUCUUUGGAGUAUUCCAGUGGCUGGGAUCCGCUGGCUAAAGGUUGCAGCGGAAGUGGUUUUUCUCAAGAAAUGUUUGAGAGCUUUAUGUUCAAUCUAGAAGAUGUUGAGUCUGCCACUCAGCACUUUGCGGAGGUAAACUUCUUGGGAAAGAGUAGUUUCUCGUCUACCUACAAGGGGUUGCUGAGGGAUGGUUCUUCUGUCACCAUCAAGUGUAUUGCAAAAAGUAGCUGCAAGUCGGAUGAAGCUCAAUUCUUAAAGGGGCUGAAGAUCCUCACCUCGCUGAAACAUGAAAAUCUUCUUAGGUUGAGAGGUUUUUGCUGUUCAAAGGGGAGGGGAGAGUGUUUUCUCAUCUAUGAUUUUGUCCCAAAUGGGAACUUGUGCAAGUAUCUUGACGUGAAGGCAAGCACUGGGAAGGUUCUUGAAUGGUCUACCCGAAUUUCUAUCAUCCAAGGCAUAGCUAAAGGCAUUGGAUAUUUGCAUGGAAAGAAAGGAAAAAAACUUGCACUAGUUCACCAAAAUAUAUCUGCUGAGAAAGUGCUCAUCGACGACCACCGGUAUAUCCCAUUGCUUUCUGAUGCCGGCCUGGACAAACUCCUAGCCGAUGAUGUUAUCUUCUCAACACUCAAAGCCAGUGCAGCAAUGGGGUACCUCGCCCCCGAGUACACUACCACUGGCCGGUUCACCGAAAAGAGCGAUGUAUAUGCAUUCGGUAUGAUCAUAUUUCAAAUCCUCUCUGGAAAACACAAGAUUACCCACUUGAUUCGUCAAGGGGCUGAAACAUGCAAAUUUGAAGACUUCAUCGACACCAAUCUUGAUGGAAACUUCCCUGAACCUGAAGCUGCUAAGCUGGGGAAGAUUGCUCUUCUUUGCACUCAUGAAUCUCCCGACCAAAGGCCGGCCAUGGAAACUGUGACGCAAGAACUAACUGAAUUUAGCAUUUGCUGAAUUCUCUAUGUUGUUCGUGCCCCAUCAUCUAAAUGACGAGGUAAAAUAGGCAGGCCAUCAGUAUCUCUUGGUGAUGACGUGAAUGUUCAAGGACUAAUUUACUGUUAGUCUUCUCAAAUGCUACGUGUCCUUCCUGAGGGACUGGAUGUUGUGCAUUUUGGAAGUGUUCUAAUUAUUAUUGUAGAUUGUAGGUAGAGAAAGCGCUUGAAAACCCUUUAAUACUUGUAGCAUUGAUCUUUAGCCAUUUGACAGCGAGUUUCCUUCACCUGGACCGAUGUCUUUGGAAGUUAUUUGGUAGUUUCAUGUUAAUACAUGGCUAAAUCUCAGAA